GUUGAUUACUCGGCUUGCCUCUACAGUAUCUCGAGUCGAGCGACGCCGACUAAGAGGCACCCGGCUCAGCGACCGCUCGGACGGAUGCGGGCCUCUCGGCCCAAUAAGGAAGGCCCACGAAGACGACUUAAGCUAGGUCAAGAACGACACAUCAGAGGACUAUAUAAGGAGAAGGAAGAGAAACGAGAUGGGGAUCCGAAAUCAUCUGACUAACACUUGGCGGCUAGAUUAGGGUUUUCACCUUUGCUUCAUCUUGCCGAUAUCUGUACUUCUCCGGUAACUCAUCGAGUUGCCGGCUUCUCUUCUGUCGCAUUCUCUUUACUUCUCUUGUAACCGACUGAACGUCUCUUCCGACUAUAAUAAAACGUCUUUGUUAAACCCACAUCUUUUUAUCACCGUUUUCCGAUCAAACAAAACUAGAUCGGGCUUGUCGGGACGUCGGAUUCUUCUACGUGAUUGGUCAUGGAAUUUCGGAGAGUCUUAUGAGGAAGGUGAAAGAGAUGACCCAUCGAUUCUUCGAGCUUCCAUAUGAGGAGAAACUUAAGAUCAAGAUUACUCCAGCAGCUGGAUAUAGAGGAUAUCAGAGAAUUGGAGUGAACUAUACGAGCGGGAAACAAGAUUUCCACGAAGCAAUUGAUUGUUACAGAGAGUUCAAGCAAGGAAAGUAUGGGGAAACUGGAAAGGUCUUGGAAGGGUUAAACCAGUGGCCAGAAAAUCCUCAAGAGUACAAAGGGUUGAUGGAUGAGUAUAUUAAGUUAUGCACAGAUCUCUCUAGAAACAUCCUAAGAGGAAUCUCCUUAGCUCUUGGUGGAUCACCUUAUGAAUUUGAGGGAGAAAUGGUUGGGGAUCCUUUUUGGGUAAUGCGUAUUAUUGGUUAUCCAGGUGUAAACCAAGAAAAUGUUAUCGGAUGUGGAGCUCACACUGACUAUGGCUUGUUGACGCUUAUAAAUCAAGACGAUGAUAAAACUGCUCUUCAGGUGAAAAACUUGGCUGGUGAUUGGGUAUCAGCUAUUCCAAUCCCUGGAUCAUUUAUUUGUAACAUCGGUGACAUGUUAAAGAUACUUUCAAAUGGAGUAUACGAAUCCACACUUCAUAGAGUGAUCAAUAACUCUCCUCUAUACCGUGUAUGCAUCGCUUUCUUCUACGAGACUAACUUUGACGCGAUGGUUGACCCACUGGAUAUCUUCAAAGAGAAGUAUCCAGGAGAUAAAAGAUCUCAAGUUUCCAAAAGAGUUGUAUACGGAGAGCAUCUAGUUAACAAAGUCCAGACCACCUUCGCAAAUUUAGUGGAAUACAGUUAAUUGGAUUGGUUUUCCUUUCGGGCUGGAUUUUGGAUUCUAA